AUGGUGGAAACUGAACCCAUCGCCAACAUGCCAGAGCCCACUCUCCCGUCUCCCACCUCACCCAAGUCCCACUAUAGCAAACAUAUCAUUUUGACGACCUAUCCUGGUCAGAGUGGAAUUGACCCUGUCCCCCUGGAAUGGGGUGCCGCCGAUGCCAAAUCUCGAGGUCCAGUGAUUGUCUCCCGCAGCAAUAAUCUCGUCAAACGUCGCAAUGCUAUCGGCGCUCACGGAGGUAGCUACAGUAUCUACAAUGCCUUGGCCGUGGCGGCGGGUGAAUUGGAUGCGGAUUUCCGCCCCGACUUGCGUAACAGUCAACCCACCUUUGACUUUCCUUGGCAACAAGCAUGGGGGGACAAGUCCAAGAUUGUGUCCAUGGACCCUUUUGGCCAUGACAUUGUCAACCAGUAUAAAGAGGAGCUUGAGGCAGGCUGGGACAUUCGGCCCACCAUGGCGGUGACACGUGCCAACAUGAAGCUGGCCGAGAUUGCAGAGGCCGUGCGUGAUGGGCAACUCGAAGUCGAUGGCUCCAUUGUGGUAGACUCGUCCGGUGAAGUGCGAGUGACCAAGGUUGCAGUGGAGCCCGUGUGGUACUUACCCGGUGUGGCCGAGCGAUUUGGUGUGGAUGAGGGCACUCUCCGUCGGACUUUGUUUGAGCACACGGGUGGCAGCUACCCUGAGCUGAUCACCCGUCCGGACUUGAAGGUCUUCCUACCUCCUAUUGGCGGGUUAACAGUAUAUAUCUUCGGACCUCCCGAGCGCGUGUCAGACGAGAAAGUCAAGCUGGCUCUGCGAAUUCACGACGAAUGCAAUGGUAGUGACGUGUUUCAGUCCGACAUCUGCACAUGCCGACCAUACCUUGCAUUUGGUAUUCGCGAGGCAAUCCGUGAGGCCCAGAAUGGUGGCAGUGGUGUGGUGAUCUAUUUCCGCAAGGAAGGUCGUGCUCUGGGAGAGGUGAUCAAAUACUUGGUAUACAAUGCGCGGAAGCGAGGAGGCGAUACGGCCGAUAAAUACUUCACCCGAACGGAGAAUAUUGCUGGCGUCAGAGAUAUGCGCUUCCAAGCCCUGAUGCCGGACAUUCUCCACUGGCUUGGCGUCAAGAAGAUUGAUAAGAUGUUGUCCAUGUCCAAUAUGAAACAUGACGCGAUUGUAGACUCGGGUAUCAAGAUCUUGGAGCGAAUUCCGAUUCCGGAUGAGAUGAUUCCCAGUGACUCUCGCGUCGAGAUUGAUGCAAAGAUCAAUGCUGGAUACUUUACGACCGGCAAGCAGAUUACCAUGGAUGAUCUCGCUGCCGUACGUGGUCGUGGCUGGGAGAAAUGGGAGGAUGUGGAGCACUAA